AUGGCAGCCAAACGCCCCAAUUUCCUCGUUGUUGUCGCAGACGAUCUCGGUUUCUCUGAUGUAGGCUGCUUCGGUGGUGAAAUUCGUACCCCCAACAUCGAUCAGAUUGCCAAAGAGGGCCUUCGAUUCACCGACUUCCAUGCUGCAGCUGCAUGCUCCCCCACACGCGCCAUGAUCAUGACAGGCACCGACCAUCAUAUCGCCGGACUAGGGAACCUCAUCGAAUGGACCAACAUCUCUGGCCAGAACGGCCCCAAAGGAUCUGCCAUGAGCACCGCACCCCAGCGUGGCAUGCCGGGGUAUGAGGGAUUCCUCAACGAGCGAGUCGUGGCAUUGCCAGAGGUUCUUCGCGAUGGGGGCUAUCACACAAUGAUGUCGGGGAAAUGGCACCUGGGAUUGACGCCCGAGCGAUCACCACACAAGCGCGGAUUCGAACGUUCAUUCGCCCACCUCCCCGCUUGCUCAAACCACUAUGCCUAUGAGCCUGAGCUCAAAGAUAAAGACCAGAUUCCCACUUUCAUUGAGGCGAGUUAUAUCGCCCUGCACAUGGAAGACGGGGAGUAUGUCCGUCAUCUUCCGGAGGGCUGGUACUCGUCUGAUGGAUAUGGGGAUAAGAUGGUCGACUAUAUCAAGGAAUGGAAAGAGAGUGGUGGACAUGGCGGUCCAGAUGGAAAGGGAGAUCGCCCAUUCUUCGGUUAUCUCCCUUUUACUGCACCGCACUGGCCGCUCCAGGCACCUCGCGAGUAUAUCGACCACUACCGCGGCGUAUACGACGAGGGCCCCGAUGUACUUCGUCAGAAGCGAUUGCAACGUCUGAAGGAAUUGGGGAUGGUGCGCGACGACGUCGAAGCGCACCCCGUGCAAGCGGAGGAAGUCAAACCCUGGGAGGAGUUCAGCGACGACGAGAAGAAGAAGUCUUGCGUUGCGAUGGAGGUGUUCGCUGGCAUGGUCGAGUGCAUUGACUCGAAUGUCGGUAAGGUUGUCGAAUACCUGCGCUCGAUAGAUGAACUGGACAACACAUUUGUCUGCUUCAUGUCCGACAAUGGUGCCGAGGGUGCUGCAUACGAGGCCUACCCGAUGGUUCAAAACGGGGUGAUGCCCCAUCUCCAAAAGUACUACGACAAUAGUCUUGACAACCUCGGAAAUGGCAACUCGUUCAUCUGGUACGGUCCCCGCUGGGCGCAGGCUGCCACCGCCCCGUCGCGCCUGUACAAGGCGUAUACCACGGAGGGCGGCGUCCGCGUGCCAUUCACCUGCCGUUUCCCCAAAAACCUGGCUGUCAACCCAGUCAACGUUACAAACGGCAUUACCGAUCAAUUUGCAACAGUCAUGGACCUGGCCCCCUCGAUCCUGGACAUGGCGGGACUCAAGCACCCAGCACCAACAUACCAAGGUCGCGAGGUGGUGACGAUGCGCGGACGCAGUUUCCAGCCUUGGGCUGUCGGCGAGGCUGACCGUAUCCACCCGGUAGACUUUAUUCAAGGCUGGGAAACAUGUGGGCGAGCUGCACUGCGCUGCGCAGACUGGAAGAUUGUGUUCAUUCCCAAGCCCAAAGGCCCGGAGAAGUGGCAGCUGUAUAACCUGGUUCAGGAUCCUGGGGAGAUUCACGAUCUCGCAGAUGCCGAGCCAGCGAAAUUAAAACAGCUACUGAAGCUAUGGGAUCAGUAUGUCCUCGAAACCGGAGUUAUCCCCCUCUGUCCUGAUCUCGGAGAGUUCUUGGAGGCGACCGAGGCUCAGAUGCCGGAGAAUGCAUGGAUGGAGUUUGACUACUGGAAGGAGGGUGCGAGGGAUGCCCCAGAACAGUUUUCACGUCAGCCGCCACGGUUCAAGAGAACCGAGAGACCUUUCUAG